UUGCUGAGACUCCUCCAGCACUGUCCUAUAUUUCUUACUUGUAUGGAAUCAACCUGGGAGGUGUGCAGGGGCUCAGCAGGGAUAAAAGGCAGGGGGGUCCCUUCAGGCCUUCCUGGCCAGUAGCCAAAAACUGGCUCUUUCCUGAAGUCCUGCAGGAGGUGCAGCCAAAGGUGCAAGUUCAUUCUAGGGACAGCCAAAAUGACAUCUCCCCCCCGGACCCAGCGAUGCAAUUCUGCAUCAGAGCACGGCCCCAGUGGAGCCAGCAGCAGCCAUUCCCACGGGUAGUCCCCCGGGUGCACCCCACCCCCCCGGCCGUGCGGGACCCUCCGACCCGGCGAAGGAGCCCCAAGGCGCUGGUAACGGGGCAAAUCUGAAGUGAUGUGUACUUUAAGGAAGGCAGGAGGUCAGCCUGCAAGUUAGAUGGAUUGAGUCAUGUAGAGUUAAACUAACCCCUCCCACAGCCAUGGACCACUGAAGCGCCCAUUUUCAUGAGCACCUCUCACUAAGGCAGCUCAGAGCCGGCAGAGGCUGAGAGGAAGAGAGAGGCGGGAGCGAGCACCGGCACUGAUGGACGAGCCAAAGGUCACAGGUACCAAACCAAAGAUGUCCUGGACAAGAAAGAUUCUACUUAUCCUGGGAUUCCUCUCUACUUUGGCUGUAAUUGCUUUAAUUGCUGUAGCAGUGACCCAAAACAAGCCACUUCCGAAGAAUAUUAAGUAUGGGAUUGUGCUGGAUGCGGGGUCGUCCCACACUAACCUGUAUGUGUACGAGUGGCCAGCAGAGAAGGAGAAUGACACUGGGGUGGUGCAGCAGGUGGAGGUGUGUAAAGUCGAAGGCCCUGGGAUCUCAGGUUACUCCCAUGCCACAGAGAAGGCAGGUCCCUCUCUGGUACAGUGCCUACGACAAGCAGAAGAGGUGAUUCCUUCAAAGCAGCACCAAGAGACACCCGUCUACCUCGGAGCAACUGCCGGCAUGCGGCUUCUCAGCUUGGAGAAUAAAAGUGCAGCUGACAAAGUCUUGUCCUCAGUAGAGAAGACACUCCGCUCAGCCCCCUUCAACUUCCAGGGUGCCAGAAUCAUCAGUGGUCAGGAAGAAGGAGCCUAUGGAUGGAUCACCAUUAACUACCUGCUGGGCAAUUUCAAGCAGUCUGGCUGGACAAAACUUCUACAUUCCCUGAAAUCCAUAAGUGAGACAUCAGGAGCGCUAGACCUUGGAGGAGCCUCAACACAGAUUACUUUUGUACCAAAUGAACUCUCUUCUGAGUCCCCAGAGAACAUGCUCUACUUCCAUCUUUACGGCAAGGAUUACCUAGUAUACACACACAGCUUUCUCUGCUAUGGGAAGGACCAGGCUCUGCAACAGAAACUGGCCAGGGACCUACAGACCAUGGAGAACAGCAGCCUCCUUGAUCCGUGCUUUCACCAGGGAUAUCAGAGGACUAUAAAUAUAAGUGACCUCUUCAAAAACCCUUGUACAUCAGCCAAGAACAAGCAAUUCCCUUUCAGCCAGCUGUACAUACAGGGAGAGGGGGAUUAUCAAAAGUGCCGAAGAAGCAUCCAGAAACUCUUUAACAAAACCGAUUGUCCUUACUCUAGUUGCUCCUUCAAUGGGAUAUACCUACCUCCAUUACAAGGGGACUUUGGGGCUUUUUCUGCUUUCUACUUUGUGAUGAACUUUUUGAACCUGACCAGUGAACAAAGCCCUGUUUCCCUGGACAAAGUGGCCAGCACCAUUGAGAGCUUCUGUGCCCGGCCAUGGCAUGAGGUGAAGACAGCGUAUCACCACAUAAAAGAAAAGUACCUGAGCGAAUAUUGCUUCUCUGGAGCCUACAUCCUCUCUCUCCUGGAAAAUGGCUAUGAAUUCACUGAAAUGAACUGGCAAAGGAUCCACUUCCUUGGAAAGAUUGGCAGCAGCGAUGCUGGUUGGACCCUGGGCUACAUGCUGAACCUGACCAACAUGAUCCCCGCAGAGGAGCCCGCUGUGCCUCCUCUUUCCCAUGGCAGCUACGUGGGGCUGAUGGUGCUGUGCUCCCUCGUGCUGGUGUCCGUGCUCCUGUUUGCCUGGCUUCUCUUCCACAAGCCCAAGUGCCUGCAGAAGGGGAUUGUUUAGGAAGAGCCUUGGGGGGAGAGGGGCCAUGUUACACCAGCCACUCAGGGCUAUGAGACCCCAACAGAGCAGACUGUACUACAGAGCCCCUCUCACCUCUCACUGAAGCUACUGACUGUGUACAACAAGGGCAUUUAUUUCUCCUGACUCACACUUGCACUGACAGACGUUGGGACAUCAGGCUCACCAUCUCUCUCUGCCAAGGACAGACAAGCGGGUGUCCCCUCCUUAAAUGGGUCGUACUUUUAAUCAAUGAAACUUUGCUGCUUGUUGGUUUUUGCCUUGUGCACAGCAUUAUAAAGAGAAAAGCGGCAGCAAUCUUUGGGAGCCAGUGCUCCUGCAAGGGUAAUCUCAGGGUCACACAUCCCACUGAGCUCUUGGGAGUGAUCACACACAGGGUGAUCCUGCUCCUCCUCCGAUGAAGCCAUUCCCGAGAGCCCUUCCCACACCAGCACACCUCUGCUUGCCUCCCCGCACCCCGAGUCCUCGCAGCCCUACAGCUGACUACAGCCACCUGCACCCGGCUGGCCCCUGAAUGUUGGCCAGGCUCCCAAAUGCAACUCUGGGAAAAAGAAGGGAUGAGGAUGAAGAAACUGAGUGUGCUGGUGGUCAUCGGCCCUUAAGCUGGGCUCUGGUGGCUGUCUGCUCCUUUCGCAGGUGGCAAGAAGCCUUUCCCAUGUCUUCCUGAUGUUGUUGCUGGACCAAAGCUGGCUCGCAGUUACACUGAGCCAUUCCCGUGUCCGUAGGGUACAUCAAGACAUGAGUUCCCAGCCAGGCAUUGCUAAUUUUUGUAGGAACAGCUCAUACUGGCCAAGGAUCCUUGACCAGUAGCAAGUGCUUAUGCCUCCAGGGACUCUUGUGUGAUCAGCAUGUCUACAGGUAUACACCCACUAAAGCAAUCCAGUGUCACUAUGCUGAUCAUACAGCAGCGUCCAAUCUAAGGAAAAUGCUUAUUAGGUCAUGUUCCUUUAUAAAUAGACAACCAGCAGUCAACCAGCAUGAGCGUGCACAGAUUGAACUACUCUUUCAACCAGCAAAAUCAGUGAAAACUUGCCUUUCUUUCCCUCAUGGCUUAGGUUUAUCCCAUCACCAGAAGACCCAGGGCUUGUGAGUGCACAUACUGCAGCCCAUAUUCUAGUGCACAACUAGGGCAAUGCCACUGAUCAGCUUUGUGAAUCACUUUCUUCCAUUUUCCAUUAUUUCGUCCAAAGCAAAAAAGAGGUAAGUCAGAAAUACAUUUUUAUGAAAACACUUAGAAAUGACUGGUGCCUGUCUACCUCCCACAAAAUCUUGGAAAUCUCUUCUAAUGAUCUGUAAGUCCUGGAGGCCAAAAGAAAAGCAGAUAUUGUGGAGAGAAAGGCAUGGCAAAUGCACACCUUCACCUCUUUCCCUGAGCAAAGCUGUAGAAGGCAUGAAGGGGAUCAGGAUGUGCAACCCCAAUAAAGCCUUCUCCUUUAGACAAGCACAGACACAGAACUCGGGGUUUUCAUGCUUGCCCAGCCUGUCCUUCUUCACAGUGCAGGCUGGAAAACGUUCCCCAGUUAUUUCUACUUCAUGCCUGGAAAUAGGAACAGUAACAUACUGAAGGACCUACAGGUAAGGGAAAAAUCUACCCUGUCUUGUGGUAAGAUCUUUGGGCAGUUCGUUGUUCUUCCAAAAAUCUGUCUUAUUUUUUCUCUGAAUUAGCUGGCUUCAGCUUCUGUUGGAUCUUGUUCUGCCCAUUCCAGAAAGACUAAGUAACACUCUGCUAUCAAAAUUCCUUUUUCCUUGUUGGUGCUUGCAAGUUGUCAUUGUAUCAUAUUAAAUAGAUUGAUCUUCAAUCUGUAAAGUGCUCUGUGCUGACCUCACUUGUAGCUCUUGAAGUGCUUCACUCCACUUUGAAAAUUUUUACAUCUUUCUGAAAUUUGGACACCAAAGUUUUCAGCAGUGAGUGGUAGUAGACUUGCUAACAGUGUAUAUAAAAGUAAUACCCUCUAUUUUUGAUCUAUACUCUAUGUUCCACAUUUGUAUAUCUCAGGGCCAGUUCUGCUCACCUAAGAGAAAGUUUUAGGUCUGCUUUGUCCAGUUGGACUAUUGCAACUUAACCUUUUUUUCCAGUCAUUGCAGUCCAGAACAGCCACUGUCUCACACCAUAUAUCACUGUUUCUUAAGUUGAACCACUGCGCUUUCCACUGAAACACAUACUGUUCAAAGAAUAUUCCCCCAAGCAGGUGAUCCAGAUCAACCCACAGAUGACACCGCCCCACAUUGUUUGUCCAUUGAUGAGUUUUUGUUGUAUCUGCAAAUACCCUGAGAUGUUGGGAUUCAUCUAGAGAUGGAGCCUUCCUUCUGUUGUUUUCAGCAAAGAUAGGUAGAUGAGAGAUUAACAGUUGGUUUUGGUCAUGGCUGGAAGGCAUGCAGGAGGAGUGUGUGACCAGAGCUGCUUCAGCUCCCCAGUCAGCCCCACACUUGCAACACAUCCUAUCCUGUGCCACCUUGCUUGCAUAUGGAGUCUUCAUAGCAAAGCAGGUCCCCUGGAGAGGCUCCCCGCAUGAGCUGAUGCAUCCUUCCUCCCCAUGAACCAUGCAGAAACCUGUAGAAUGGUAAUUCCUCUCCUGAGACCCCGUGGGGAUCUGGCAGCUGCUCAGUUGUGUCCAUGAUGCUGAAACCAGCAGAUCCAUUGGGACAUUUCAGAAAUUGAUGUAGAAACUCCAUGUGGAAACGGGUGUGGAGAGAGAAAGCCUGUGCCAGUCUGCUCUUCUGGUCCCUGCUAAGGGUUUAUGCCAAAUGAAAAGCUCAAAGAUGAACCUGAGAGAAGAGUUUUAGCAGUGUUUUUUAUCUUUAUUGCAAGUCUCACACUAUUAAUAUUGUUAGCUCUUCAUUCUGGAGUCGGGUGAUCAGCUGGUAUCUUUGCUUACUCCCUCCCGGCUUCCUUCUCUUGAUUUUUGGCUUGGGUUUUGGUUUUUAAAACUGUAACUGUGACUUGAGUGCAACCUAAAGGCCCCAAAUGAAGUUAAAUACAAAACAUGUUACAUUAUUUUAAAACCUUAUGACUUUAAGACCACGUUUAUGAGUCAAUAUCUCCAGAACUCGAAUUUCUAAAGUGACAGCAGCCAAGCCAUUUAAAAAUCGCUUGAGCAGGCUGAGGCUCCAGGAUUUGGUUGACUGAGGGCAGUCUAUCAGGGUAAGACCCUUGCAUGUCACUGGCUGUACUUGAACCUCCCUAGAAAAGCAUAUGAUUUUUUCCUUCCAUUUCGCCUGCUGUUGCAGGACUUCAUCCACGAAGGCUACUCAAAAUCCUUGGUCAGAGAGUUCAAGUUUAAUGAACAUUCAUUUCUUUGCUUCUGUGCUGCUUCUGACUCAGCUGUAUUCAGCUCAAAUGUGUGUUGCAGAGCUACCCAAUGUGUAUGAUAGUGGGGGGAAUUUCCAAAUAUGCCAGUAAUAAUAUGGUAUCGCUUUUCUUGUUAAUGCAGUUGAUCUGCCUCACUGAUAACUACCUGUGCCUUAUUUCUAGUUUGAUAGAUUCUGGUUUUAAUUUCCUGCCACUGGUUCCUGUACAGUUUUGCUCUUCUGGGUUAAAGCAUCUUUUAACACCACAUGCUCUUGUCUUGCAAAUAUUUAUUCACUGAACAUCUCUGCUGGCCUGCCAAGACUCCAGAGCUUGGUCUCUCCUGUUUUGCCACAGAAAGCCCUAAGAUGUGCUGCAGCAAGGUGGGAUGAGUGUCUCUGGUUUGGGUUCAAAGGCUGAGUGGUCUGUUUUUGGGAAGGUUCCUUGCAGGGGGAUUGGAUAGCUUUGCAGGGUGUGGGAGCAGUCUGGUCUCUGGGACUGAUGACUUCCACAAGCUCUCUCAUGUUCACCCAAGUGUCAGGUCUGAGGCAAGACUAUCACUGAGGCUGAGAUUUUGGGGGGUCAGAAGAGAAAGUCAGGGUGCCUGGAAGCACACUUAGCUCUUGCAGCAAACAACCAGUCCCCACCACAGGCUCUAAGUACCCUUCGCUCUCCCCCCCGACACAGCCAGAUCCCUUCUGUGCACAGGGUCCAGCUGAUUUCUCUGGCCCUAUAGCAAAGCACAGCGGAGCCUUCACUUGGAAGAAAUAUCUCAGAAGUGGGGCCAUCACCUCUGUGGUAAGAGGCUGAUUUGCAAUGUCGGUGCUGUUCAGGGCUCCCCAGCUUCUCCAAGAGCAGCUCUCAGCUGGACGCGUGCCCCCUCCUUGUCUGUCCCAAUUCUUCCCAUGCUCUGUGCCAGGGGGGACGUGCAGGCUCAGCGGGGCUGCUGGCUGCGUCACAGAGCUCAACAGCCUGUUCAGGAGGGGCUGGGGGGGACGCACCGAGGACGAGAGUCCCUGCCACCCAGGCCAAUGGGCUUUCUUUUUGCAACUCAGCCCUGAUGAAAUGGAUCUUUUGUUUUGAUGCACGCACAAAUCUCUGUAUCCUUAUCACAAUAAAGACUUCUGAACUGAUAUCAGAAAA